AUGGAGGGCAAGAACCAAGACAAUAUCACUGACUCAGGAGAACUCGCUCAUGACUGGGCCGAAUUGAUCUGGGAGUGCCUCAUCAACAUCCUCUCGCGCCUCUCUUUGGAGGACCGAUGGCUGGGAGCCAUGCGUGUAUGCAAGGCGUGGCUGCAGGCAUGCAAAGAUCCGCACCUCCACUCAGUGUUCGACCUCGAGACUAAAUUCGACUCGGUCACUGAGUUGCCCCGAUUCUGGACCCCCGAGUUCGAGAGCAGGAUCGAUAACAUGAUAGUAUCAGUCAUCGGCUGGAGCGGUGAGUCCCUUACCGAAAUUCGUGUUAGACACUGCUCGGAUCGCUCCCUGUCUUUGGUUGCUCAAAGGUGUCCAAAUAUUCAAGUUCUCUCUAUCAAGAACUGUUCUCGUGUAUCUGAUGUAAUUAUGGCUGAAAUUGCUUCUGGAUGUCCCAAGCUUAAGGAGCUUGAUGUCAGCUAUUUUUAUCAAAUAUCUCACACAUCUUUGGCAACAAUUGGAUCGCAUUGUCCUAACUUGCAUAUUCUUAGGCGGAAUUUGAUGAAUUGGGUGGAUCCUUCCCAACAUGUUGGAAUCGUCCCCAAUGAGUAUCUGAAUGCCUUUCCCAAGGAUGGGAAUUCAGAAGUUGCUGCUAUUGGAAAAUUUAUGCCUCGUCUUUUGCGACUUGAACUCCGAUAUUCGAAGUUCACGGGAACAGGACUUGCUGUGAUCUCUGAAGGGUGUUUGGACCUUGAGUAUAUUGAUCUAUCUGGAUGUAGGGGUGUGAGUCGUCGUAAUAUUGAAAAUUUGAGGUCAAAUCUGAAGACGUUGAAACAUAUCGAGGAGCCUAACUUUUAUUUUCGAAGGUCCUUUUUUCAUAGGGAAAGGUAUGGUCAUUGA